GAACCAAAAGCGCAGCAGCGUAGUGACCGAAGUGGUCAUCAGGGAUAGUUUCUUUACAAAUGGGCCAUAAAAACAACUAGUACCUUUUCUAGUUCCAGCCAUCCGCACCUUACAACCGCACCUGGUGACAACGACACCACCCCACUCUUGCAGGUUACCAUUUUCCAUCUUUGAGCGGUUUUCCACCUAAGGUCGGCAACAAUGGCAGCAAUUCCAUCAAGUGGCUCCCUCAUCGCCACCCAUGAUUAUUACAGAAGGCGCAUCGGGUCCACAUCGAGUAACAGCUCUUGCAGCAGUGCCGAGUACACAGGAGAGGCCAUUCCACACCAUCCAGCACUUCCACGGCAAGACUCUGACCACUGGUGGACUUCCUUUUUCUUUGCUAAACAGAACCAGCCCGGCAUGCAGAACGGCUCUGAAAAUCAAAAGAACAGUACCUACACAGUGGCUAACGGUCAGGUGACCUGCAUCGCCAGGCAAAUGGUGCUGAACAGACAGAUCAGCGAGAGCAGUGAAAACGGGAAGUCUGAACCAAUGAGCCCUCCUCCAGUUUCCUCCUAGACCCCAUUCGCACCUUCCUCACCCUCAGCUUGACCAUCCAUCACCAUAGUCCAAGCAAUGGAGAUGGAGAUGACGGUGGUGAUGGCAACGAGGGUGUUUUUUCUUACUUUUAGUUGGUAGAGUUUGCUUUUCCUGUUUGCCUGUAUAAAUUAUUACAUUUUUGUUAAGACCAAAAGUUAAAAAAAAAA